CUAAUUCCAGGCAUCCUGCAAAACCCUAACACUCAUCUUUCUGCUCCUGAACCUCAUAAAGGUUUUUGUUUUGAGUUUUACCUGAUCAAAGAUCAAACAUUUUUCACAUCAUCUUAACAUCUUCAGCAUGGCUGCAAAACUCCAACUGCAUUGAUAGAUUUCGAAUAUGGAAAAAUGCCGUCUUUGUUCUCUGGUCAAUUUGUUCUUUUUAAUUCGUAUGUACUCGUCUGGCUUCUCUUGAGAAUUGUUACAUUCGAUUAGAAGCUAAAAGAAUCAACCAUAUUACAAGAACCGUGGUCUUAUCCUACUUGGGGUUUUCUGUUUCAGAUGGAGUAGUAUACUCUCUGGUAGUUUGUUUUGGUUUCAUUUGAUUUGCUAUGCUGCCGUAACUGGCAAAUUUCACCAUACCCAUGAAGAGUAGAGAAUUCAAGCAAAAACCCAAAUUAAAAUCUGGGCGACCCAAAAGAAUUCCAGUGUUUGCUAGAGAGAUUCGUGAGUAUAGAACUGAGCUUAGCAGUGGCCUGGCGUUGCAGAUGACCUUCUUUUUAUUCACAGCCCGUCUUUCGAGGGUUCGAGCCUCCAAGAUCGCCAUUGCUCAUCUUCACACUUACGCCGACGCCAACGGGGGAUCUCGCUCUGGACCCUUGUAUGGUAGCAGAGAGGCAAUACAAUAUUUCGAGGCAUGGUUCGUCAAAGUUGUGUGCACUCUCUUUAUCCAUAAGCAUUCGCUCGAUGCCUUUUCCUGUUAUUUGAGCAAGAACUUGACACCUUUGAUUGCAUUGGAGGUAAUUAAGAGGUUGAAUAAUCCAAAACUCGGGUUGAAGUUUUUGGAGUUAGGUAGAGAAAAUUUGGAUAUUAGUCAUUCUUUCUGGACUUAUAAUUUGCUUAUGAGAUCACUUUGUCAAGUGGGUCUGCAUGAUUCAGUUCAAAUGGUAUUUGAUUACAUGAGGAGUGAUGGUCACUUGCCGGAUGGUCCUAUGUUAGGAUUUUUGGUAACAUCCUUUGCACAGGCGGGAAAGUUUGAUUUUCCAAAGAAGCUGCUUCGUGAGAUUCAGUCUGAUGGCAUUGGGGUUAGUUCUUUUGUACUAAAUAACUUGUUGAAUGCUUUGGUUAAGCAGAAUCAUAUAGAGGAGGCUGUUAGUUUAUUUCAAGAGCAUUUGGGAUUAGCUUCUUGUAUGGAUACCUGGACUUUCAAUAUUGCUAUUCGGGGCUUGUGUGGUCUAGGAAAAGUUGAAGAGGCUUUCAAGUUUUUCAAUAAUAUGGAGAGUUUUGGUUGUUCUCCUGACACUGUUACUUAUAACACUCUUAUAAAUGGAUUGUGUAGGAUUAGUGAAGUAGAAAGAGCACAUGCCUUGCUGACUGAACUUUUGUCGAGAGAUAAUUCUUUACCAGAUGUUGUGACCUAUACAUCAAUCAUAUCAGGUUACUGCAAAUUGGGGAAGAUGAAGGAGGCAUCUCUUCUCUUUGAUGAAAUGAUUAAUUGUGGAACAAAGCCCAGCACAAUCACUUUUAAUGUUCUUGUUGAUGGCUUUGGAAAAGUUGGUGACAUGGUUUCCGCGGAAUCCAUAUGUGGGAAGAUGCAUUCUUUUGGUUGUCUUCCUGAUGUUGUUACCUUCACUUCCUUGGUUGAUGGUUAUUGUCGAGCAGGACAAGUAAACCAAGGCUUGAGAGUUUGGGAUCAGAUGAAUUCAAGAAGCCUAUCUCCUAAUGUUUACACUUAUGCUAUUCUUAUUCAUGCUCUCUGCAAAGAGAAUAGGAUACAUGAGGCUCGUGAUUUUUUGAGGCAAUUGAAAUGUAUGGAUGUUGUUCCAAAACCGUUUGUGUAUAACCCUGUGCUUGAUGGAUUUUGCAAGGCAGGAAAUGUUGAUGAGGCAAAUGCAAUUGUGGUAGAGAUGGAGGAGAAAAGAUGUAAACAUGAUAAGGUGACAUUUACAAUUCUCAUAAUUGGGCAUUGUAUGAAAGGGAGAAUGUUUGAGGCAAUUAGCAUAUUCAAUAAAAUGUUGGCAAUUGGUUGUAUCCCAGAUACCAUUACCGUGAGUUCUCUGAUAUCUUGCCUUUUGAAGGCUGGAAUGCCUAAGGAAGCCUUUCGCAUUAAGCAAAUGGCAUUGGAGGACCUAAUGAUUGGUCUGUCUCUCUCAAAAGAGACUGUUCCUUCAAGGAUAAUUGCAGAUGUUCCAGUGGCUGCUUGAGAGUAACUGUAAUACAACUGGACUUGGCAUUCCAAGCCUGUUGUAUGACAAUAUUCUUCCACCAUAUGCACCGAAUGCCAUAUGAAGCAUAUCCAGUUAGUAGACCGUGAACUAGCUAUUGGCUGCUAAUGCACUUGUCCUUAUAUUCGAAGCCGAGUGGUAUUGCUACCUUGCCUUUCACGAUAGGGGAACACCAUUGGAGGUCAAAGGGAGCUUUUCCUAUCUGUACCUUAUGAACGAACAUGAAAUGCAAAGGCUGACUUCAUGUCAGUGAAUUACAUACAAAAGUGGUGCAGAAAGUAGUCUUGGUUGGUGAAAAUUCUGUUGGAAGUGGCUAGAUAUUGCCGUGUAGGGUGGGAACGUAUUACAUAAUGGAUUGCCAUUGGGGAACAUGGAGCAACCUUUUUUGGUCAAAUUGACACUUAACUCAAUCUAGUUGGUCUGUUAUCACAAUUUUGUGAGUCAUAAUUUCUUGUGUUAUUGGUGGUGCUGUCCAGAGUUUGAAGAAAUAAAGUUUCAUGAACCAGCCUUGAAAGCUAAGGAUUGUACUGGGAAAGAAAGAGAAGGGACUGGUAAGACCAGUAUAUUCUAAUUCCUAAGCUGGUCUGCCUGCAUAUUGGACAUGAAGUGUCAGAUGAAAGCUUUUUUCUGUUAACUGGCAUGCUCCUUCCCCUUAAAAAAAGGGGACUCUUCUAUAUACCAAUUUUAUGACUACUGUAAUUUUUGUAUUUUGAAGAUAGAUUCUGCGAAUUUCGAAAAUGUUAUGGCCAGCUGCAUGUCAUGAAUGAGCUAGGAUUACAUGAAGAAUAUAUAUUGGUAUACAAUCUUAUACGUCA